AUGAAUGCUUCUGAAAAUUUAAUAAACAUAUAUUCCCCUGACAAUUCAAGAGCUACUUUGGUGGAGAAACGGCGUAAAUUGGAUGCCGAUUGGAAGAGUGCAUUCAUGUUGUAGACCAUUAGAAACAAGGCUGAGAAGAGAGAGGAUGAGAUAAUCGACACAAGUAAAAUUGGUUAGUAGUGGUAGGUCAAACAGUUUCACACCUUGACAGAAAAGCAAUUGAAUGUCAUCGAUGACUUUGGGUCUGGACAUUCCAAAGGCACUGCUAGCAAACAAGUUAAAAAGCAGGAAACCCAGUUUGAAUCAAUUUAUUAUGAAUCAAAGUCUCAGAUGGGUAAGCUCAGAGGAUUAGUACUUAGAUUUCUUGAGAAACAUAACAAAAAUCAAGAAUGGUCAAUAAAACCAAGUCACCCCUUCAUUAUUGUUUGGAAUAUGUUCAAAUUAUUUUUCAUGAUUCACAUCUUCAUUUUAUUUCCCUUAAUAGAUGCUUUUGGUGUGAAAUUAGAAUCAAUGAUAGUCCAAUAAUAAUAAAUUUUUCUAAUGGAAUGGUUAUUUCUAUUAUUUGAUAUAGUAUUAAGAUUUAAUGUUCAAAUUUACAAGAAUGGAUAAUUGAUAAAAUAACACUAAUAUUUGGCAUUGUAAUAUUUGAAGAGUGGAUUCUUUUUGGAUGCCUUGGGAAUAGUUGGAUUUUCAUUGUUUCUCUUUCAGGACAUACUCUACAUCAAAUACAUCUAUUUUUUCAAGAUAUCUGAAAUCAAGAAGUUCAUCAAAUUCUUGAGAUAUGAAUUAGAUCCAUAAAACAAAUACAACAAUCACAUCAAAUUGAUUACUCUCUUUGUGACCAUAUUCCUAUUGGCCCAUAUCAUAGCAUGUUUAUGGAUAGUUGCAGGCGAUAAAGAACCCAGUUGGAUAAGUAAUAAUAAUUUAAAAGAAGAUCAAUGGUAUAUCCAAUAUCUAUGGGCAUUUUAUUUUGCCAUCCUUACAAUGACUACUGUCGGUUAUGGGGAUAUAGUUCCAGUUAAUGAAAAUGAAUUGAUGGCUUGUAUCAUGAUUGUACUGCUUUCCAGUGCCAUUUUCGCAUACACUCUUAACACAAUCACCACAGUUCUCAAAGAUAUCGAUUAGAAUAAGAGCUAGUUUAAUUAAGAGGCCAGAAUUAUAUAGAAUUACUUAGUAAAAAAAGGUUGCGAUACAGAUCUGUAAAGGAGAGUGUAAUAAUAUUUGAAAUCUCUGUGGAAGUGGGGUUUGGGUGAGUAGAAACAAAAUGAAGAAAGGGUAUUCUCUAAACUCAGUCUGCCUCUAUAAUAAGAAAUCAAUUUGCAGGAUAAGGGACAAAUGUUACUCAAACUACCAUUCUUAGUCAACAAUUUUAAUAUAGAAUGCAUUAAGGAAUUGAUGUAGCACAUUCAGGAAGUGUACUUCUAACCUGGUGAAUUUAUUAACCCUUAGGAUGGAGUAUAUUUACUGUAUAAAGGAUAAGCAGAAGUCUGCUGGGGAUCCAAAACCAAUCCUAAAUGCAUAUGUAAUAUAUUCUAAGGAGAUCAUUAUGGACUCCUAAACUUAUUUAACGCAGAUUAACCAAAAUAUUUUCUCAAAACCUCGGAUUUCUCAAUCUUCUAUUUCAUACCAACUUAGAUAUUCAAAUAAGUCUUGAAGAACAAUGAUAAAGAAAUCUUUUGUAUGAUUCAUGAUUAAGUAAUUUAUGAAAAUUAUUCAAAUCUCUAUCUAUUUUGUCCACUUUGUAGACGUGAAGGUCAUCUCAUUUGUUAAGAUAUUAUCUAUAAGCCUAAUAGAGCUAUUGCUAUUGCUAAGUCCAAUAGAUAAACUGUUUAAGACAGAUAGAAACAUAAGCGUUUCUUUGUCAAACAAUAAAUCUUGAGGAACUACAAAGAAAUGCAAAUAGAAACCUGUCAAUUCAUCAAUGAUAGAAGGGAUCUCAUGAAAAUCAAAUAUAAGACCAUCUUUGAUUCAGAUGAUGCAGAAGAAGAACCUGAAAGCUUAGAACUCUAAUCCUCCCAAUCUUGGUAAUUUGAUGAAUCCUAAAUGGAUGAACAAAAGAUUACUAAUAAUAAUGAUGAAAAUCAAUUCAAACCAAAAGUCACCUUAUAAAAAAGACAAACCCCCAAUAAACGAUAGACUAUUCUUGGAUUUUUAAGAAAGAAGACACAAGAUGCCAUGCAAAUCAAUCUUUAGAAAAUUGAAGAAGUGGAUACUCCUCAUAACAAUAAUUGCACUCCAAACUCAAGGGAUAAAUUGUACAAUCUUGAUGUUAUGAAAACUUUUACUAAAUACUUCAAGUAGUACAAUUAUGAAAACAUUAUUAAACAACUCAAUAGGAGAAGAAAAACAAUCAAGACUAAAAUCAAAAGGCUAGAGAGGUUUUCUUGA